UAAAAAUUAUUUGCAUCUUGUACUGAAGUAUUUCCUGCAUCCAUAAGCUUCUUGCUUGCUGGCAAGACAACUUUUGCAGUAUGUAUUUUGCAGUUUUAAGGCAUAAUGGCAUUUCUUGUUUUUUUCUGCUAGCUUUUAUCUGAGCAGUGUAUGCUAACAUAUUUUUCAAGUCUCUUUAAGAAAUAUAGAAAUAAGAAAUAGUUAAGAUUUGAUAAUUUUGUUUUUAUUUGUUCUCCUAAUAUGAUAAUCACAUAUUAUCUAUAUCACAUGCAAUAUUCUUUUGACAGUUAUGCUCUGUGGAUCAUAUUGACUUGAAAAGUGCACAAGUAUUAUUGUCCAGAUAUAAAAAAUUGACCAUUUAUAGAUACCUCUCUCUUUGCUUCCUCAGGGUGGAGGCGGCAUUGUGAACCAGUUGAGGCGUAGUUACAGCUCUGGAGAAUUCCCUGAUGGAGAUAUGAACCGCAACGUCAAGGCUUUACCCCACAUUCCGGACGAUGAUUAUGAUGACCACAUGCACUCCUCAGGUUCUUAUGAGUCUGAACCACGUACUCGUGCAGAGAGUGACGCAGCCUAUAGGCCCCGUGGAUCUUCCGCCAGUCGUGGAGUGCGUUCCACCAAGACCAGAUCCGCAGAUGUGACAGACUACUACCAGGAUGUUGCUGAGGAAGAUGUGCAGCGCAGACGUUCGCCUCGCACCCAAGAUUCAGCUAGGUCUCAGCCUACGCUACACUUCCAAGAACCUCCAGCAAAAGGUCAGCAGCAGCGAAAAAGAGGCAAGUCUGAGAAUCGUCCAAGACCAAAGUCAAUGAUUAAUGCAGCUGAGGUAACCCGUGGUGCCGAGUGGGCACGAGCUCAGCGUGGCGGCUCGACCCUCUCCCUGGCAAGUGAAGUCGAGCUGUCUGAGUCGUCCUCACAUUCUUCUAUAGCCUCCCUUGCCUCUGGCGCUCAAGGACAACAUUCGGUUAGGCCCAAGACUAGAACUGGCUCUGUACGUAGACCAAGGGUCAAUUCCCAGGGUAGAAAGACAAGUGGAUCAGUCUCGAGGUCGACCACGCGUGCCGAACCCACCACUGUGAAGAGGGCGGCAACCCUAGAGGCUGGAUCCGAGUCUGAGUAGAUAAAGGGACGCGUAGCCCGACCGACACAUGAUGGUCACAUUUGUUAAUGUCAUUUGAAUCAAUACAUGUUAUAUAGCAUUAUGGUCUGUGAUGUAGAGAAUUAUGUGGAGAUUAAAGCAUGUCUGUGCAAUAUUCAUAGUAUUUGCCAGAUUGUGCAAGUGAUAACUGGAAAGGAGUUCAUUUUCCUUUUUUCCCCCCUUUUUUUAAUUCCUGUUUCAUAGGAAGGCAAGGAUAAUAAGCUUUAUAAAUACUUUCAAAGUACAUCUUCCUAUGAGAGCAGGAACAUCAGGCUCUGGUCAUAUGUAUGGCAUAGCUGGAUCCCAUCAGUCUAAUCUAUGUGAUCUUUCUUUUAUACUAAUCUCGAGUAACAGCUAAUCCCCCAAAAAUAAUGAAUACAUAGAGAGGGAACGCAGAAGGAAGAUUACUAGAUAUUCUAUGGUUUAAGUUGAACUUUCUCGCUUCUUAUGAAAUGGCUAAAACAUUUGAUUUAAUGAGCAUUUCCCCCUCAAAAGAGAGAGCACUGCACUUGUAUCAUGGUUUCUAGAGUCAUGGGAUCACUCUCAGAUCCUUGUCUCUUGACUUUAGUGUGCAUUAUGUGAGGAUAUCAUUGUCUGCACAAAGCUAUGAAGAUUGCACUUGUCUUUAUUAAAAGGAUAACUUGUAUAAAGACUUCAGUACUGUGUAUGUGCUAGCUAUGAAACUUUCUGCAGUUUUAAUUUUUCCCUCUCUCCAUUUUUUGUAUUAAAAAAUCAUUUUUGAUUUUGUAGCUUAUGUUGAAGACAUAACCACGAAAUUUUAGACUCCACUCUUACAAUUCUCUUUUAAGUUCAUAAUUAUGCUUUUCUGUGCUAGCAUGUCUCAGCUUAAUGUGACUGUCCCAAUACUGUGGGUCACACAUUUACUUUUACUGGUUAUAUUGAUUUUAUGACCAAUUUUUUUACAUCUGUAAUUUUAAGCACAUUCAUUUAUUUCAUUUACACUAACUGCACAUUGGAACUACAUUAUUGCUUUGCAUUAUUUAUGAACAUUUUUGCAUAUCAAAUAGAAAGACUGUUAAUGAUAUAGGUGCAUUUGUAUAUAUGAUGUUGUUAUGAGCACCAUCAGAAAAAAAUAAUGACUGUAUAUUAUGUAGAAUUACUUCAGUGAUUAUUAGUUAUCUUCAGGCAUGUAAAGAUGAUCUGACUGAUAGUUAUUACUUCAGGCGGUGAUAAUGAAUAUAUAAAGGUAGAUAGAGUCGUUUUUAGGACCAAUAUCAUGAACGCUUGGCGAUAUGACUGAUAUGCAUGGUGGCAGAGACAAAGAUUGCCACAUCAAACACCUGGGCAUGUCACCCUUGGUUUUAUCAGUGUAGUAAUAUAGGUGUCCUAAUACCCUGCUCACGUAGGCUUGGCAGAUCAAAUUCUGGAAGCUUUUCUUGGUUCAGUAUGAUCUCUUCCUAGAUUUUAAAAAGUAAAUGAGAAAAAAAAAUAUUUUGUAUGUACAGGCACAGCAGAAGGCAAUGAGAGGAAGUCGUAGGAGUGGCACUGAACCAAGGAAAACUCCUUUGCUUCAAAUAGAGAUUGUCCUCUACCUCGAAUGAGCAGCAUUCUUGUUUUCUAUUUAGCUUGAAGGAUGUUUAGGAUGUAAUUUGUACGCAGAACUUCACUCACAACCAUUGUAUUACCCAUCGCCAGAAGCUCAAAAGAAAGGAUUUUAAAAUGUGUAAAGGUAAAUGAUGAAAAUGAGGCUGAUGUUCUUUCCUUUAGGUACUGUUCAGGAGUCUUCAAGACUCUGAGGGAAAAAAAUUAUCAGAGGAACUCAUAAUUAAUCCAUCAUAUUAAAGAAAUUAAAACCUUGUGAGCUUUAACGGUUUAUGUGCCAUUGCUAGCAUUUUAUGUCUCAAAAGGAGAGAUAUUGUUUCAUUCUCUUAAGUAUUACCAGAAUACUCCUAAGUUUUUGCCCAAAGUAACAUGUUCAUAACCAUUUUGUAAUGUGAUAUUGAUAUUCCUUUUUGUUUUCAUCAAUAAAAUUUCCACUUUCAUUAUAGGUGUAAAGGAAAACAUUGUAUCCUUAUUUUGUGUUAUGUCUGUAUGACUGUUUUACCGUAAAUAAAGGAUGAAAGAAUUCA